AUGACGAGCGUCGCAUCCUCCUCGAUGGCGGCUGAUGCGCGCCCGCCGGCCGGCUACCACGUCCUGCCCGUCUCGCCCGGCCAGAUCCUGCUGCCGCUGACAGUGUCAAACAAGUGCGGCCAGGCCUUUCGCUGGCGAGGCAUCGACGUGUGGGAGCCCGAGGCGGACGGCGUCGUCGUAAAGACGGAGCCCGUCGUCAAGAAGGAGGAAGGAGAUGACGAGGAAGAGGAGAAGAUGACGAAGACGACGACGACGACGAUGACGACGAGGUGGACAAAGUGGACGGAAUGGUCCGUGUGUCUUUCGGACCGCGUCGUGCUGCUUCGUCAGGACGUUGCGCGGCAGAUGCUAUACUAUCGCACCCUCGUGCCGCCCAGUACGCAGCCGAGUGGCAGGACCGCCGAAGAGGUCGACGCCGAGACGGGCGUGUGGCUGCGCGACUACCUCAACGUCGACGUGCCCCUCGAGGAUCUCUACGUCGAGUGGGCAGCCAAGGAUGCCGUCUUUGCGCGCUUUGCCACGCGCUUCUCGGGCGUGCGCAUGCUCCGGCAGGAUCCCUGGGAGUGCCUGUGCGCAUUCAUCUGCUCGUCCAACAACAACAUUGCCCGCAUCGGCCAGAUGGUGCAGAACCUCUGCACCCACUUUUCCGAGCCGCUCCUCAGCCAUACCUACCCGCGGCCCCCACCCGGCGCACUGGCAUCGACGACGACGGAGGAGGAGGAGGAUGAGAAGAAGGGAGACGCAGGUGUGGAAACGGGCGACGUCGUCGUCCACUACCACCCCUUUCCGUCGCCCGAGCGCCUCGCGCAGCCCGACGUCGAAGAGACGCUGCGCAGGCUCUCGUUUGGCUAUCGCGCACGAUACAUUGCCCUCACGGCACAGAUGCUCUGCCAGGCGCACAGCUCUGAUCCCGGCCUGGCGAGAGCGCAGGAGGAGGAGGAGGAGGAGGAAGAAGAAGAAGAAGAAGAGAAGCGACCGAAACACCCCUCUGUGCAAGCCUACCUGGCGAGCUUGCGCACGCUGCCGUAUGCCGAAGCGCGCCAGGAGCUGCUGCGGCUGCCCGGCGUCGGUCCCAAAGUGGCCGACUGCAUCCUGCUCAUGUCGAUGGAUCAGCCCUCGUCGAUUCCCGUCGACCGGCACGUGUUCCAGUUUGCCGAGCGCUGGUACGGCAUCCGGACCGCAAAGGGCGCCACAGGGCACAAGGCCUACGAGAUGAUUGCCGACCGAUUCCGUGCGCUCUGGGGCGAGUACGCUGGGUGGGCACACAGCGUCCUCUUCACGGCCGAUCUCCGUGCAUUCAAGGAGUACGGCGUGGUCAAGACCGAGGUGAAAGAGGAGCGGCCGCAACAGCAGCAGCAGCAGCUUGGCGAGGCAGCAGCGAUCAAGGAGGAGACACGGGCAGAGACCAAGGUGGAAGCGCACGUCAAUGUCAAUGGCACGGCGACGCAUACAGUCGUCGUUCAGAAUGGCCGCACGAAGCGGGUCAAGAAGGAGGAACGGACAAUCACCGAGUCCUUCCCGGGCGACAAGGGGGGCACAAAGAGGGUGCGGAGGAGCACGACUCUGCAGGUCAAGCAGGGCCAAUGA